AUUAAUGUCUCUUCUCUCUUCCAUUUCAUUUCAAUGAACAAACCAACCAUUCCGCUUCCCAGAAUUAGCGGAUCACCAGAGGAGCCCAAUUUUUUUUUCCCAAGAAUUUCAAGGAAAAAAAAAAGAAUAAAAAAAAAAAGUUAGUUCUUCUCCUAAUUCCCCGGUGCCGAUCAACUCCAACCCACCCGGCAAAAAAUAAUUAAAAAAAGCUCCGACUCCCUCUGAUCUCCUCCGCCGCCUUCCUGCCUGCCAGCCAGCGGCCGGUCGCCAUGAACGACCGCCCCAACCACAAUGAGACGGUCGUCCCCAUCCUCGACCUCGACGGUCUCAGGGUGAUCUCUCCGGUGGGGCGCGGGGCGAAAGGCGUCGCGUUUCUGGUGAGGAAUCAUCCCUUCGGCGAGUCCUGGGCGCUCAAGGUCAUCCUCCGUGAUUUGGUGGAGAAGAAGAAGAGCCCCGACGCCAAGGACGGCGGCGAAUACAAGCGGAUCUGGCUGGAGCAGCGACUCCUCAGCCGCUUCAAGCACCCGCUUCUGCCUCGCCUCCGUGGCAUCCUCACCACCCACAAGAUCGUCGCUUACGCUAUCGAUUAUUGCCCCGGCCGGGACCUUAAUCACCUCCGCAAGCAACAGACCGAGAAUAUGUUCUCGCCGGCCAUCAUCAGAUUUUACGCUGCGGAAUUGGUUCUGGCGUUGGAGUACCUCCACAACUCCGGCAUCGCCUACAGGGACCUGAAGCCGGAGAACAUUCUGAUUCAAGAGAACGGCCACAUUAUGCUCGUCGAUUUCGACCUCUCCACCGAGCUCCCUCCGCCAACUCCUCCUCCUCCUCCUCGCAAAUCUCAGGCGGCAAGGAGGUCCUGCUCCGCCCGGCGGAAACGGGCAUUGAGUUUACAGCUCUUCUGCAAGUGUUCCUCGGGGAUCACGCCGGAGGAAUUCGCCGACCCUCCGCCGGAGCGUCAGCACUCAAUGUCGUCAUCGGCGGCGGGGAAAUCGAAAUCGAAUUCGUUCGUGGGGACGGAAGAGUACGUGGCGCCGGAGGUGAUCCAGGGGUACGGCCACGACUUCGCGGUGGACUGGUGGUCGCUGGGGGUGGUGAUGUACGAGAUGCUGUACGGACGGACGCCGUUCCGCGGGGCGAACCGAAAGGACACCUUCUACCGGAUCCUGACUCAGCCGCCGGACCUCGCGGGGGAGCCGAAUCCGCUGAGGGACCUGAUCGGGAAGCUUCUGGCGAAGGAUCCCAGGGAGAGGAUGGCGGUGGAGGAGAUCAAGGGCCACGAGUUCUUCAAAGGGCUGGACUGGGAUUCGGUGGUGGAGGUGUCGCGGCCGCCCUACAUUCCGACCAGUGUUUGGGCCGCCGACAGGGAGGAGGGCGGAAAUGUAAAUAAGAGCAUCGACGUGGAGUCAUUCGUCCAGAGAGUAUUUAGCGCCGGAGAAGUGCACAAGGAGGAAAUGAAUCCAGUAGGUGACGGCGGCUGUAGGCCAGAAGGAAAUCAUGGAGGAGAAGAGGAGAAAAUAAUGGAAAAUAAUGGACCUCCAUGUGACGACGAUGAUACUCGGAAUUUUGCUGUUUUCUGAUAUUUCUCACCCUUGCCAAACUAAUCUUCACAGUAAAUAGUAAAUACUAAUGAAUUCGAUAUAUCAUCCUUAACUGCUUCCCUUAAUUCUUAUUCAUCUGAUAACUUAUCAUAGUGUUAUCAUAUGAGGACAUGAGUUAAUCUGAGCCCUUCAGCAAAAAAUCUAUUCUAUUUUUUUGGUGAAUUCCUUCUUUUUUCCUUGAAGAGAUAUGUAGCAGGUUAUAGCUAGAUACCUAAUUAAAUAGGAAGAGGAAAUAGUUAUGUAUUUCAAUAGUAAUGGUAAUAAACUAGUAGGUGUAUAUAAUGAGAGAAUUAUGUUUGAGCUCACUUUCAUUGAUGUACAUAUGAUCGUAUGCACUAUUUUUUAACUAAAUUGUAAAAAUAAUU